CCGAAUACUCAAAAAAGUAAAAAAAGUAAAAAAGAGAAAAAAAUAUAGCUCUCUUUUCCAUCUUCUCUCUCGCGCUCGUCCAUCUACUGUCAUGGCUUCAAUGCAUCUGGCAUGAGUGUAAUCUCUUAACUGAUCUAUUCAGUUCCCGAGACUAUAUUAAUGCUGGUUGUAAUUCGCUUAUCUGGUCGUGUUUUUUUUUUUGGUUUCCCUGGGGUCUGGUCUUUCAUUAUUUUGGCUGCUGUGCUAGGGUUUUGUUCCGUUGAAACGUGCGGAGUUGGAGCUUGAAGAGCUCUGCGUUUUUGAGUUGCAUGGCCUGAAGUUGACGGAAUCGAGCUGCAGUGACGGUUUUUUAUUUUAUUUUUUGGGUGACCGAAAUUCUGUUUUGGAAAUGAUUUCCAUUACAAUUCUAGAGCCCGGGGAGCUCUUCUGCCGUUAAUGGUGCUGCAUCAGGGAGGAUGCGUGAUCUUGUUUAGUCUUGACAGAUUCGGCUCUUAUUUCUUUGAUUCAUGGAUCUUAUUGUGGUUAGGCUUGGUUAAACACAAGGGGUUGAACUGCGGUGUGGCAUUGAUGAGAAUUUGUUUCAGUCAGGAGUGAAAAUUGCGGCUUCAAAAUGCUUUUUGCAAAACUCGACGAUUCUCCUAUGUUUCGGAAACAGAUUCAGUGCUUGGAGGAAACCGCCGAAUCUUUAAGAGAGAGAAGUCUAAAGUUUUAUAAAGGAUGUCGAAAGUACACAGAAGGGCUUGGGGAAGGAUAUGAUGGCGACAUAGCUUUUGCUAGUGCCCUUGAAACAUUUGGAGGAGGGCAUAAUGAUCCUAUCAGUGUUGCUUUUGGAGGCCCUGUUAUGACUAAAUUUACAAUUGCGCUAAGAGAAAUUGGGACUUACAAGGAAGUUCUUCGAUCACAGGUUGAACACAUGUUAAAUGACAGACUGCUGCAGUUUGCCAAUAUUGAUUUGCAUGAUGUCAAGGAAGCACGGAAACGUUUUGACAAGGCUACCCUCCUUUAUGACCAGGCUCGAGAAAAGUAUCUGUCAUUGAAGAAAGGCACAAAGAUGGAUGUUGCUAGUGUCUUGGAAGAGGAGCUUCACACUGCAAGGACUACAUUUGAGCAAGCUCGCUUCAGUCUGGUUACGGCUCUUUCUAAUGUUGAAGCAAAGAAGAGAUUUGAAUUUUUGGAGGCAGUUAGUGGGACAAUGGAGGCUCAUCUUCGUUACUUCAAACAGGGUUAUGAGCUACUGCACCAGAUGGAGCCUUAUAUCAACCAGGUCUCGACUUAUGCACAACAGUCAAGAGAAAGGUCCAACUAUGAACAGGCAGCUCUCACUGAAAGAAUGCAGGAUUAUAAAAGGCAAAUUGACCGUGAAAUUCGAUGGUCUUCAAAUGGUUCACAUGUUUCUCCAAAUGGAGAUGGUAUACAAGCCAUUGGUAGAAGUUCCCAUAAAAUGAUAGAGGCAGUGAUGCAAUCUGCCGCGAAGGGAAAGGUUCAAACCAUUCGUCAAGGUUAUCUUUCAAAACGGUCCUCUAACCUGAGAGGUGACUGGAAAAGAAGAUUUUUUGUUCUUGAUAGCCGAGGGAUGCUGUACUACUAUCGCAAGCAAUGGAGCAGACCAUCUGGAACUGGUGUUCAACUUUCUAGUCAGAGGACUCAUAAUUCAUCUGAAAUUGGUUCGGGGCUGCUGAGCCGUUGGCUUUCUUCUCAUUACCAUGGUGGAGUUCAUGAUGAGAAGUCUGUUGCUCACCACACUGUGAACCUGCUGACGUCUACCAUAAAGGUUGAUGCAGAUCAGUCUGAUUUGAGGUUUUGCUUUAGGAUCAUUUCUCCAUCAAAGAACUACACUUUACAGGCAGAGAGUGCACUAGAUCAGAUGGAUUGGAUUGAAAAGAUAACAGGAGUUAUUGCUUCACUGCUGAGUUCCCAAUCACCUGAGCAACAUCUCCUUGCUUGUCCUAUGGGCAGUGGUCUUCAGCGAGUCGCUAGUGAUAGUAGUUCUUUUGAAAGCUUCUCUGAUUUGGAUCACCCAGCAACAGAAGAAUACGCAUCUGAGAAGAACCUCAUCAGUGCACAUCAUGAACGAACAUCUAGAAGUUCUCAGCAGCAACGGUACAGUGUAAAAAAUGAGAAGCCAAUUGAUGUGCUGAGAAGAGUGUCUGGGAACAAUAAAUGUGCUGAUUGUGGUUCUCCAGAACCAGAUUGGGCAUCCUUGAACCUCGGUGUUCUCGUCUGUAUUGAAUGUUCUGGUGUCCAUCGAAACCUUGGGGUGCAUGUCUCAAAGGUCAGGUCACUUACGCUUGAUGUGAAAGUCUGGGAGCCUUCUGUUAUAACUCUGUUUCAGUCACUGGGUAAUGCAUAUGCAAAUUCGGUAUGGGAGGAAAUGCUGCAAUCAAAUAUGGUUUUUCAUGCUGCUGAAGGCUAUACAGGUUUCCCUUUGUCUGGGAGAGACCAACUACGAUUUAUGAGCAAACCUAGUCAUGCUGAUCCUAUUUCAGUAAAAGAAAAGUUCAUUCAGGCAAAGUAUGCAGAGAAGCUUUUUGUUCGCAGGCCCAAGAAUGAACAAAAUCUUCUUUCAGUUGCCCAACAAAUGUGGGAUAGUGUCCGCACCAAUGAUAAGAAAGCAGUCUACCGGCAUAUUGUCUGCUCUGAAGCAGAUGUGAAUGCUGUGCAUGGGCAGGCAUUUUUUGGUACAUCUUUAACUCUAGCUAAAGUAAUGCUGUUGCAGGAACAGCCAAGCCUUGGCCGCAAUUCUAGUUUCUUAGGAGGGGGGGAUUCUUUAGGUGACCCCUCUGCAAAAUCCUCGAAGUCAGUAAAUAGCGGCGAGGACUGGAACUUAGAGGAAUGUUUUGAUGGUUGCUCCUUGCUUCACCUUGCGUGUCAGACUGCAGAUAUAGGCAUGCUAGAACUUCUCCUGCAAUAUGGUGCAAACAUCAAUGCUCCUGAUUCAAGAGGCCAGACACCACUCCAUCAUUGUAUUCUCAGAGGCAGACCUGUAUUUGCGAAACUUCUCCUUGCAAGGGGUGCAGAUCCAUGGGCUGUAGAUAGUGAAGGUAAAACCCCUCUUCAGCUUGCAGCAGACUCUAAUUUCAAUGAUGACGAGGUACUUGCUCUGUUAAGAGAAACAAAUAGAUGAGACUGUCAGAGAGGAUGCUUCAAAGGCCAGCCACUUAAAAGCAGUCUAAUGUAUAGAAUGAAGCUCAGUUGCUGUGUGAUUAUUCAUCAGAAACUUGGUGGCUGAUUCCCCACUGGAGUUUGCUCCCACCUGUGGUUUUUGGGAUUUAAGAGGAGCUAGUAAGGAUGGAAUGCCCUGCCCCUGCAGUCCCGUGUAAGAUAGAACCCGGUCAAUGUAAGUUAAAAUGGUUGUGUUUCCCAAGCUUGAGAGUUAUCGCAGGCUCCGUGUCUCAGGCCUGCAGUGCGAGGUGCUGUGUCUCUGUUUAUUGGGAUUGGUUCCUUUUACUGGGAUUUUGCAUUUUGCGGCACUGUGUGGUUGUACAAUUGUAUGUUUAGUCAUAUAGAUCCUUCGUUGUAUGGGAAGCUCUGCUGAAAACUCUUCCUAAUGAUGUUUUGUUGAUAUUCAUAACAAGGAAAUACAGAAUAAAUGGUGAUCGUGGGAAAUACCA